AUGAAACUACUCUCCAUUGUUUCGUUAAUCGGGCUGGCUUUUGCCAGUUCCAAUCCUUCAUGCCGUUGCCGGCCUCAUGAAAGCUGUUGGCCCUCUUCCGGAGAGUGGAAUACUCUCAACAGUUCGGUUCAAGGAAACCUCCAGGCUGUGCGACCCAUAGCCAAUCUCUGCCACGGGGAUGGGCAGACAGAUAUCUGUGCGUUAGUCGCGGAGCAAUGGUCCAAUUCUACCUGGCGAGCGGAGCAACCCGGCGUAGUCCAAUGGGAGAAUUGGGAGGCAUGGCCGGAGCAUAACCAGAGCUGCUACAUCGAAAGUCCCCAGAUACCUUGCGGUCAAGGCAGAAUUUCCCUGUACUCGGUGGUGGCCAAAUCCGCAUCCCAUAUCCAGGAAGCCGUCCGAUUCGCAAAACUACAUAACCUUCGUCUUGCGAUUAGAAACAGCGGUCAUUGCUUUCUGGGUCGCUCGACAGCUCCAGAGUCAUUGCAGAUCUUUACCAAUGGCAUGAAAGAUAUCCAAUUCAGAGAUAAUUUCAUCGCUGCUGGGGCCCCAAACAACAAAAGCGAAGGUCCUGCCGUCACUAUUGCCGCAGGUGUUAUGCUAAACGAGCUGUAUGCCGCUGUUGGGAAAGCGGGCAGAACAGUAGUUGCUGGAGCCUCUCAUACUGUCGGUGCUGCAGGAGGAUAUAUUCAAGGGGGUGGACACUCUUUCCUGGGGCCCUGGAAGGGCAUGGCUUCGGACAAUGCGCUUGAGUUCAGCGUUGUGACUGCUGACGGCAGACUUGUCGUUGCGAAUAGUUAUCAAAACACUGAUCUGUUCUGGGCUUUACGAGGUGGAGGGGGGGGAACCUUUGGCGUGGUUGUUGCCGUAACUCUGCGCACAUUCGAUGAGGUUCCAGUUGUCGUGAGCAACCUCAAUGUCAGCACAGCCGUCGGAAAUCCAGGCUUCUGGCAAGCUUUGACUGAUUUCCAUGCCGCGAUCCCGGCUCUGAACGAACUCGGUGGUGGAUACUAUUUCAUAAGUCCAAAUAUUCCGCUGAACCAGACGCACGGCAUCUCCUCCUUGUCAACAGUACUUAUUUUUCCAAACCAGACUGACACCAGGAAGGCAGAUAAACUCUUUAUGCCGUUGAUGUCAAAGCUCAACGCGACGUCUGGUGUCAGCAUGCAAUAUGGAUCUAUGCCCUUCCCUAAUAUUCACGCACUACUCUCUGAAUUCCUCCUCCAAGGGGGUUCAGACCCCACCGGAGCUCGGGUUAUCCUAGGAUCAAGAUUAUUCUCUCGGGAUCUCCUUGCCUCCUCAGAUGGCCCAGGAAAGCUAGUCUCCGCGCUUAGGACGCUUGGGUCCAACUCUGAAAACGGAUUCACUGGCCACAUUGUCGCUGGAGGCGCUGUCAGCAAAAAUGGGCAGAUUAUCGACAGCGCCUUAAAUCCCGCCUGGAGACAAGUUGCCACUCAUAUCGACUUUGGGCGCGGGUGGGGGCCGAAUGCUACCCUCGCUGAACAGGAAGCUGUCAUCCACAACCUGACCAACGUCGAGAUGCCAAUUCUCAAGGCCCUUGAAGGAGAUAAAAUGGGGGCUUACCUGAACGAGGCAAACCCUUAUGAGCCUGACUUCCAGGUUGAGUUUUGGGGGAAGAACUACCAGCGUCUCUACCAGAUCAAGCAGAAGUGGGAUCCCACCGGUCUUUUUAUUGUGCGAAAGGGUGUGGGUAGUGAGGAUUGGGAUGAUGCUGGGCUUUGUCGAGUACACUGA